AUGUGGGAUGGAAGCGACAUGUUCAGUAACCUACAGCUCUUACGUCUGGAACUGGAGUUGCGACCUAUGACCCCACUGAGAUGUAUUCAGCAAGACAUUCACCAGCAGCGGGCAGUCUGCUGUAACAGACUGCCCCAUCAUCAUUAUCACCACCACCAACAUCAUCAUCAUCACCAUCUUCACCAAGAUCAGAAAGGUAGCAAUUCAGUAUUACAAGAAUGUUUGUCAUGUGAGAAUGUUCCAAUGGUUGAAGAUCUCAUCACAUCAAAUACUGACAUGACAAACAUGAAGUCUCCACAGAAAUGUGAAUGUGGGAAUGUGUCAUCUCUCCAUGUGGCAUGUGGGUUACAGACUUCCGAUUCAUUCCUCCACAAACUGUGUUCAUCUAAUGGUUGUGACAUUAGCAGAUAUUUUGCUAGCAGUCAGGCAUCCCUACAUCUCUUGCUCACAGGAGACUUACAGGGUAACUGGUCAAGCGUAUUGGAAGCCGUGAAACUUCUAUCAACAGUGCACAAGGAGAGACGGACAGGAGCAUGUCAGGAACGGCACUUUUUGCUAUCCUUGACAGACUCCGAAGGAAACACUCCACUUUUGAUAGCAGGACGUCGUUUGUUAAGAGAAGGGGCAUUCGAUCAAGCAGCCCAACUUAGUCAACUCCUACUUGAAGCUGGUAGUGACCCGAACACGGCCAACAGUGAGGGUCGUAGUCUUCUCACCUACAGUGUUCAUUAUAUGGAUGAAAGUAUAGAACUUACCAGAGUCCUUCUCAAUGGUGGAGCAUCAGUGUGGCCACAAGGAACUCAUGAUGCAACAAGUGAAAAUGCUAGUAAUUCAGAGCAGUGUUCGGCUUUCACUUGGUUCCUCCGAUCCGUCAUCAGAAGAAGGAAACUCGAUGAGCAUUGUGAGCGAACUCUUGCAUUACUGUCUCAAGUAAUGGGAGAACAUCCUGGACGUAUGCAUGCGCACGUGAUGCGCACGAUGUUUCGACAUGCAAAGUGUUACAAAGUACUGGGUCCUGUAUUCUACCAACUGAAAAUCUCAAUGAUGCGGUACUGGACUCAGCCACAAGACUUGCUUUUUAUGUGUCGGAAAGCGAUCAGAUCGGCUGUAGGACCAGAGAGACUCAUGGCAGGACAAACAAACCAAUUAGGCCUGCCAAAUCAGGUACAAGGAUACCUUCUCCUGGAAUAA